AUGGCACAUCAUUUAUCGUUAAUGAUAUUUGAUUAUCAAAUAAGCGAAUCCAGUGUAUUCAUGCCAACAAGCAAUAUCAAUGUACCGGAGGAAGCACCAAUAAAUGCUGAAGAUAUUAUAAAUGGCUUAAAACUUUCUUGCACGAAUAAUUAUUACCACCCGACGUUUGAGUUGGCGACGAUUCCGGAAUUAGCG